GCCAUCCAACUGCUCCAUCAUAACUCCGUACAUUUCUAAUAUCUAUCAAUCUGUCCCCUCCCGACACUUGGAUCUUUUCUUAAGUUCCCUCCAUACAAUUCCCCCUUUCUUCUUUCAAUUCCACCCCAUUUGACUUUCUGAUACCCCGGGUUUCCACAACCUGCUCAUCGAAGAGCUCGCAAUCUUCUGCCACAUUUCGUUGCAUAGCGGUCCUUGAAUAUGCGGUCAUUUGCAAACAUUGCAGCCGGCUUGCUGGCCGCUGCGUCCAUUGCUGCAGCUUCCGAUGUCCAUGACCUGAAGAAGGAUACCUUCGCCGCCUUCGUUGCGGAGCAUGACCUCGUCCUUGCAGAGUUCUUUGCACCAUGGUGCGGCCACUGCAAGGCGCUUGCACCCGAGUACGAGGAGGCCGCAACGAUACUAAAGGAGAAAAACAUCCCAAUCGCGAAAGUGGACUGCACAGAGGAGGCCGAGCUUUGCCAACAAUAUGGCGUCGAGGGCUAUCCCACUCUUAAGGUCUUCCGUGGAUCAGAUAACGUCUCAGCAUAUAGCGGCGCGCGGAAAGCUCCCGCGAUCGUCUCCUACAUGACCAAGCAGGCUCUUCCUGCCGUUUCCGCCCUCACCAAAGAUACCCUCGAAGAGUUCAAGACCGCCGACAAGGUUGUCGUUGUCGGUUAUUUCGCCGACGACGACAAGGCAUCGAAGGAGACUUUCCAGUCGGUUGCCGAAGCUCAGCGUGAUGACUAUCUGUUCGGUUCCACGAGCGAUGCUUCAGUGGCUAAGGCUGAGGGUGUCAAGCACCCCGCCAUCGUUCUUUACAAAUCAUUCGACGAGGGUAAAAACACAUUCGAGGAGAAAUUCGACAAGGAGAAGAUCGAGAAGUUCACCACCAGCUCUGCCACUCCUCUCGUUGGUGAGGUUGGCCCGGAGACUUAUGCUGGCUACAUCGCCGCCGAUCUCCCGCUCGCUUACAUCUUCGCCGAGACCCCAGAGGAGCGUGAACAGCUCGCUACUGAACUCAAAUCCGUUGCUGAGAAGCACAAGGGCGCCGUCAACUUCGCCACCAUUGACGCCAAGGCUUUCGGCCAGCACGCCGGCAACCUCAACCUUGAGAUCGGCACGUGGCCCGCCUUCGCUAUCCAGGAUGUCCACAACAACAAAAAGUUCCCUUACGACCAGAGCAAGAAGAUCACCGCCAAGGAAAUUGGCAAGUUCGUUGGCGACUUUAUUGCCGGCGAGGUUGCUCCCAGCAUCAAGUCGGAGCCGAUUCCGGAGAACCAGGAUGGUCCGGUCACCGUCGUGGUUGCCCACAACUAUAACGAUAUCGUCCUCGAUGAUGAGAAGGAUGUCUUGAUCGAGUUCUAUGCUCCCUGGUGUGGCCACUGCAAGUCUUUGGCACCCAAGUACGAGGAGCUUGGUGCUCUCUUCAAGAAGUCCCACAGCUCCAAGGUCGUCAUCGCCAAGGUCGAUGCCACCGCCAACGAUGUUCCCGAUGAGAUCCAAGGCUUCCCGACCAUCAAGCUGUACGCCGCAGGUGCCAAGGAUUCGCCCGUCGAAUACUCCGGCAGCCGCACCGUCGAGGAUCUCGCUGCCUUUGUCCGCGACAAUGGCAAGUGGAAGGUCGACGUCAUUGCCGACGGUGACGAGGCCGCGGCGGCUGGUGACGACGCUCAGAUUCCCGUGCAAGCUCGCGCUGCCUCAGAAGCCGACGAGGAUGGCGAGGACGCUGCCGAGAAGGCGAAGGAGGCGGUCAAGAACGCCGCCGGGCACGCCGCUGAGGCCGUCAAGGCUGCGGUGGGCGAGGACGACGACGGCCACGACGAGUUGUAAAUCAAGGCUCCCGUUCCGUUUUCGCGCGCGAUUAUAUUCAUUUGGGGCAGCUACCGGGUUUGACGCAUGAUGGAUUUGCAGCCCCCCUGGAGCUGGUGGCAAAACGACGAGGACGUGUAG